CACGGAACUUUGCUUGUGGAUCAUAAUAGCUGGCUCUGUCAGCCCGUUCAUUUCUUAUAUCCUGUCUUUUAAGGGAUUAACUUGAAAGGACAUUUGCCGUGCCCGGAACAGCAGGCCAACGAGAGGUUUUGGGAAAGAAUGGGGGAACGACGAUAUGAGGAAAAACCACAUGCCGUAUCUUAUCAGAAAUACAGAGUCUCCCCACAAGAAGUUGUGGAGAAAGUGAUGGCUUUUCUAGAGAAAAGAAUAAAGACAGCAAAGCCCUUUAAUUUGGCCCUGGAUGUGGGUUGUGGGUCAGGGCAGGGUACUGUUCUGCUGGCUCCUCACUUCACCCAUGUGGUAGGGACGGACAUCAGCGCUGCCAUGCUGGAGUUUGCUCUGGCUAGCGACCAUCCUCCCAACAUAUCUUACAGGCAGUGUCCAGCGGAGCAGCUGCCCUUUGACGACGGCGCCGCGGACCUGGUGACAGCCAUGACGGCAGCCCACUGGUUCGACCGGCCUCGCUUCCUGCAGGAGGCCCAGCGCCUGCUGAGGCCGGGGGGUUGCCUGGCCCUGCUCAGCUACACCAUGGACUUCCAGCUGGAGCACCGUGGCGAUUGCAAUGCCCAGCUCAAUGCCAUCUGUCAGGAGUUUUAUGCCGCUCUGCUGCCAUACCGAAGCACUCAUAUAGGCUCCAGCUCCCUGCUGUUGUACAAGCAGAUGUAUGACUCCAUCCCUUACGAGGAUAAAGAAUGGCAGGAGUGUUUCCAGGUCCGCAGGAAGAUGCCGUUGUCUAGCUACAUGCGCAUGGUAGAGACCUUCACCAGCUAUCAGGCUCUGCUCAAAAAGGAUCCUCUGGAGUCCCAGAAACUGUCACAGGACAUCACAAACAAGUUAGUGUCUGCAAUGGGCGUUGCCUCUCCUGAAGCAGAGGUUACUGUGGUGGUGAAUUACUUCUAUCUGCUGGCCUGCAAACCAACAACAACAAAAUGAUUUUAAAGAAAUUGAUUUUUUUUUUUAGAAAUUGUGGUAACUAAUAAAUUGACCAACUGCCAUGAAAUGUAGCUCUCAGGAUAUGUGUCAUUUGCUAGCCAGUGCAUUACGAAUUCAAGGCAUUAACAUCGGUCUGUCAGACCACAAUGUAUGUAAUUGUAACAGUAGCCAUUGUAAUUGUAGCAGUUACACGUUGCCAGAUUUAAUUUAAUAUAGCCCACGAACGUUGUACCUGUACAAUGACAAUAAAGUUUCAUUCAUUCAUUCAUUCA